CAUGCUAAAGUACAGUUUCUGUAACCUUGGGGAGGAGGGAGUAUGAACCAGUUAAAAGUGUCCAAAUCCAAUCCUUAAUAGGUAAACCACCCCUGAAGUCCUUGUUUGCAAAACAUAACAAGUGAAGGGAAGGGACAGAUCAGACAUUGCCUUUGGAGGCUGGAAGAAUUUGCAGCCACUGUCUGCUUUUAGAGCUGAACAAAGCGGUGUUCCUCAGCUGUGGGUGUGGGCAUGUGUGUAUCAAGCAUCUGAGUGCAGACAUUGCUUGUUUGAUUUUUUGGGGAGUUGCACAGGGGAAGCAAAAGAGGAAAAAAGUUCUAAAUGGUGCAAGAUUAACCAAAUGGAUGCUGGAAGAAUUUGGAAGGGGCUGGAAUACACCUGUAGAGUUCUUGGGAUUUCAACUGCAUCAGUGCUGCUGGGAGUGGGGAUUGACACGGGAGUGCGAGGGCAGUUCACCAAGUUAGCUGUGUACUUGCUAUUUUCAGGCAUACUUCUUAUCCUUUUGGAAGGCUCGUAUUUCGUAGAUGUUUUUCUGGUCAAGCAUCCCCUAACUGGAUGUGGUAAAGCCGAGAACAAGCCGUGCAGACUCUGGAGAAAGACAGUGAGGCCCAAUGGCUUACAGAAGUUUGUCCUAUUCAUAUUUCUGUCCGUGGCUUGCUUUCUGCACCCAGUUCUUAUUUGGCAUGCGACCAUACCCGGCGCCAUGUUGGUCGUAAGCGGACUGGCAUACUUUGCUCUGAAUCUGCGGAAACGGUUUCAAGAGGAGCUGCCUGAUUGUGAGGCGAGUCGGCAGAGGCGCUCUGGGGUAUACGUGACCGGCAUAGUCUCAUCCAGUAGUGGCAGGAAAGAAGAACAGAUGUACAGCUUCCACUGCGACGUCAAGGAAAAAAAGACAGUGCUGGUGGCUUAUCUGCGUAACAUCUUAAAGCUCAGCAACCCCCACUGCUCGGCAGUGUCAGAGGGUCCGAAGGCUCAUGUUGACGACUCAUCAGAUAGUGAGAAGCCAACAGUGAAGAUGAAGCACAUGCAGUUGGAGGAAAGCGUCAUCAGAUUAUACCGGCAGAGACUGAGAGUCCAGAAAUGGAACAGGAGGAAACGUCUGACAAAGCACCCAUUAUAUUCAAGUGAGGUCUCACGCUCGACACUGGAACCUAGGCACAAAACGCUGCCAUUGCCAUUCAAUCUCCACAUGCAGCUCUUGAUCGUAUCAAUGUAUAAUAUAUUUGCAGGGACCCAAAUUGUGUUACCAUUGAAGCGGCGAGAUGUUUAGUGCACAGAAUCAAUAAUACCUGUGCCCAGCUGUGCCGGGCAUUAACAGGGAGGCCACACAUUCAAUGCCCCAAGGUGUUGGGUUCACAGGAUCACAAGAUCAGUUUGGAUGAAGAAGGCCCUUUGGCUCAUUUGAUCUCAUCCUCAUAGAACACACAUCCUGCUGUCCCUCCAUCACAGCAUCAAGUUGUUUUUUAAAUGAGUCCCGGUAUCCUGUCCCAGUUGUUAGUUAUCCUCUGGGUAAAGAAAAACUUCCUGGUAUCUGUCCUGAAAUUGCUCUUUGCAACUCUAAACAUUGUCCUUUUGGUCUACUGUCUUUGUGCAUCCUAAAGAAUUGCUAUGGAUUUACUUUUUCAAUCCCAUUUAAAAUGUUAUACACCUCUAUGAGGUCCGCUCUGAAUCGUCUUCUCUCAAGACUGAAGAGCUGUAGCUUGUCUCAUUGUUGCUCAUAGCUCAUUCCUGGGGAUCACUGACAUUUGUCUCCUCUAGGGCCUAGGCAGUCCCCUUAUGUUGCAGUGAUCAGUAUUCUAUAUAUAUGUCAUUCUGUGUUCGGUCAAACACUGCAUGUAAAAACAACAACAAAUUAUAUUUAAUAUAUAAACGCAAUUUGUUGUUGUUAAACAUUCUGAAUUGAUCUGCUCUGAGGAGAACCCUCCUCUCCACCGCACUCCACUCCUCUUCUCUCAGUGGAAUCAUUCCACACAUCUGUUCUCUGUAUGUGUAUUAAUUACAUUGCUCUCUUCUCCCCUGAGAGGAGUUGGGCAAGUGAACGUUUAAAAACAAGGUUAUUGUGCCCCAUUCACACCCCUUCAUACAACUCAGCGCAAACCUGCUGUUGGUUUAUUGUUAAAAGGAAUCGGGAGGUGUGACUGCCAGGUUGUUGAUUCAAACCAGAAUUGGGAGUGGAAGACUGUGAGAUUGAUAGAUUGUCCACUCCACACCAGUCUUGACAGUGAACACAAUUGAUGGUGCUGGUCUAUAUGAGUCGGUGCAGGAAUAACCAAAUGCAAACCUGCCCAAAAGCCAAAUAGCUGUUCACAUAUAGAAGAAAACAAUAAAAAGUAAUUCAAGCCAAAGCUAAAACAAUGAUUGGUUUUGGAUGGGUUCCACUAAAUGACGCAACUCUAAAUAAACUGCAAUUUAAAGUACUUUGUUCUUAAUGUAGUCUGCGAUCAGCCUAUUUUGCCUAUGAGCGCUGCCCAGGGCUGGACUCUAGGUGAAAUAUGCCUGGCUGUCUGCCAGCCAUGUGUGAUUUAUUUGAGGAAAGAUAAAUUUAAAUGGAAUGUG